UUGUCACAUCUUCCACUAACCGUCCAAGCUUCAGCAUCGGCAAGACACUACGAAGUUAAGGACUAGCUGCUGUGAAGACGACAUAAAAGUGGACCGACCAAAGCAUACUUUUAUACCGGAAGACUCAUACAGCACGUUCUAAAAAAAACAAAGCAUAUAUACAGCGACAACACUUAAGAUGUCGCGAUCAUUGAGAUGGCUGUGUCUUCCAGCACAAGACGUGUGCUCCAGUCGUCAGGAGACAAGGAAGCGGAUUUGUCAUCUAAAACAAAAGCAGUGGUAGUGUGGAGCACUAGCAGGGAUACUGUAGAAACACCAGCCCAGCUUCAUCAUGGGGAAACAGAACAGUAAGCUACGACCUGAGGUCCUCAACGAUUUGAGAGAGAACACAGAGUUCACCGACCACGAGCUGCAGGAGUGGUACCGCGGCUUCCUUAAGGACUGCCCCACGGGUCAUCUGACCGUGGAGGAGUUCAAGAAGAUCUACGCUAACUUUUUCCCCUAUGGAGACGCCUCCAAGUUCGCCGAGCACGUCUUCCGCACGUUCGACACCAACUGCGACGCCACCAUCGACUUCAGGGAGUUCAUCAUCGCGCUGAGUGUGACUUCUCGUGGUGGGCUGGAGCAGAAACUGCGCUGGGCCUUCAGCAUGUAUGAUCUGGAUGGAAACGGCUAUAUCAGUCGGGCUGAGAUGCUGGAGAUAGUCCAGGCCAUUUAUAAGAUGGUGUCUUCAGUGAUGAAGAUGCCCGAGGAUGAAUCCACACCGGAGAAACGGACGGAUAAGAUCUUUAGACAGAUGGAUAUCGACAAUGACGGUCGCUUGUCCUUGGAGGAGUUCAUUAAAGGUGCCAAGAGUGACCCGUCCAUCGUCAGACUCCUGCAGUCCGAUCAGGGAACCUCUCGUCAGUUCUGAGGCCGCACUGUUGUUCACCUGAUUUAAAGGGGAAAAACAUGGUCCUGACAUGUACAGUAUAGCACUCCACGUCUUAUGUUUACAUUAUCGUGGCUUCUUUUUUGUGGACUGAUGGGCUUAUUCUGUGUAAAUGCAUUUCAUCCCCCCUCCCCCCCAUCCGCUCAAGUGCCAUAUCAUAUAUUUAUAUUGACUGGAUCACUUCUAAGUAUUAUGACUCCAGCUAUGUUACAUUAAGAAAUGAAUAUUAAAUUUUAACUGUGGAGAAGUGACUAUAUGUUGCUCAGGAAUGCUCAGUGGCUGUUCGAUACACAAGAUGUAUAUGCCUUUAGUAUUGCAUGCACUCUGUGGAAUGCAUUUUUAUGUGACUUUAAAUACAGAGACUGUGGUUGUUUAAGGUUUUAUUAUUGUAACAAACAUGU